AUGGCAGACGGCGACAGUCUUGCCGACAACUACCAGGUGCUGGAGGAGCUCGGCCGAGGCAGUUUCGGCGUCGUCUACAAGGGCAUUGACAAGAUCACCGGCGAGACUGUGGCGAUCAAACAUAUCGAUCUCGAGUCCAGCGAUGAUGACAUCCAGGACAUCCAAGCCGAGAUUGCUGUUCUCAGCACCUGUGCCAGCCAGUAUGUCACCCAGUACAAAGGCUCCUUUCUGCGAGGCCACAAGCUGUGGAUUAUCAUGGAGUAUCUGGGCGGCGGGUCCUGUCUCGAUCUGCUGAAACCGGGAACCUUUUCCGAGGCUCACAUCGCCAUCAUCUGCCGUGAGCUCCUCUACGGGAUCCAAUAUCUGCAUAGCGAAGGCAAGAUUCACCGCGAUAUCAAGGCGGCCAAUGUUUUGCUGUCAGAUGCUGGCAAGGUGAAGCUGGCCGACUUUGGUGUCGCCGCCCAGCUCACCAACAUCAAGUCUCAGCGCAAUACGUUCGUUGGCACUCCGUUCUGGAUGGCUCCGGAAGUGAUCCAGCAGGACGGGUACAGCUUCAAAGCAGACAUCUGGUCCUUGGGCAUUACCGCCAUGGAGAUGGCCAAUGGAGAACCUCCUCUGUGCCACAUACACCCCAUGAAGGUGCUGUUCCAAAUUCCCAAAAACCCACCACCAAGGCUGGCAGGUCACUUUAGCAAGGACUUUCGAGACUUUGUGGCUCAGUGCCUUACGAAAGAGUGCGCCCGUCGGCCCACUGCCAAGGAGCUGCUGCGACACAGGUUCAUCCGUUCGGCGGGCAAAGUGGAGGCUCUCCAGGAGCUCAUCAUGCAUAGGCAGAUGUGGGAUGCGAACCGGAAUCGCCAAAAGCAUGCCAUGUACUACCAGGAAACGGUGCAGCCCAUCUCAGCCAAGAACAACGACGUCGAGGCCUGGGUGUUUGACACUGUGAAGUCGGCUGCUCCGCCGAAGCGACCGACUGUCAGGCAUCGCAAAACAUCUUCAGUGCUGUCCACUGCAGAAGAGUCAAUCCGCAAACUGGACAUCAACGAGAGCUCUCUCAGUCCCUCGUCCCCUGCUACAAGCACUGUUCGCAAGGCGACGGUCCGGCGCAACCCUUCCAUCAUACAGGUUCCCUCGCCGUACGCUAAUGGCUCACCUCGAGGCCCUAACGUUGCCCCGAAAAGACCCCUUCAGCCGGAUACGUCGUUUGGCAAUUCUUCUGGAUCGACUAUGCGUCUGUCCAGAGGAGCUCCGGCGAAUAGCCCGUCUGGCCUGCGCGGGAGCAGAAGUGCAACUCCCGAUGACGAUGUCUUCGUCGACGAGAAUGCAGCUAGGCUGUCGCCGGCCGUUACGCCAUGCGAACCCCAUAACAAGGAGGGUGUCUUGGGGCGAAGGCUCUGGUCCAAGGCAUUGGAACCUACGCUUGCUAGCCUACACACGCAGACGUUUACGAAGCGAAAGCAAGAAGCGCUGGCCAAGGUGUCCGAAGCCUUUGCUGCCUUGGACGCAGUCGAUCCCGAGGGAGCCUACUACUUGAUGCACAACCUCGUCCUCGCCGUGAGCCAAGACGACAAGCUGGACGCGGCGUUACUGCGCCAUCGGGAUCAAAAGGUUCCAGAUGAUGGCACUCCUCAAGGGACGGUGCUUGUUAAGAAUUCGACGCCGUCAGCGAGCCCUGUCAAGUUGGCGCCUGGUUCCGCAAACACUCGCUACAAGAGCCAACGCCGGCGCCAGCUUGAGUCGCCGCUGUCUAGGGAGUCGCUCCGAGGACAAGACAAGCCAGCCAUUGAGGAGAAGUAUCCUGGACGGGAAGCUCAGCCGGGCAUGGAGCACUGCAAGCAACUGUCCGACGUGCUCUACAAUCGGUGGGCGGAUGGUCUGCGGAUUCGGUGGCCGGCCAUAUAG